UCAAUUAUUAUUGCUUACAUUCUCUCUAUAUCCAACACAUUCUCUCUGCAACUCUGUCAUAAACACACACACUCACACUCUAUUUCAGGUGUGUCACUCUGUGUGUGUGUGUGUGUUGUGAGUCAUAUACACAGAUAAGAGGAGAUGAUAAGAGAAAAGAUUUUCAGGGUUCACAGGCGCAAGCCAUCAUCAGUUGGGACUGAUGCAUCUGCACACAAAUUUGACUUCACAUUCUCCAAAAUUCAGGCUCUCCAGGUACCAAAAGGAUGGGACAAACUCUAUAUAUCUUUGAUCUCUUCAGAAUCAGCAAAAACGAUUCGUAAGUCGGGAAAAGGCUCGGUCAAGAAUGGAACUUGUCAAUGGACAGAAAUUCUUUCAGAAUCAAUAUGCACUUCAGAUGUUGGUGGUGAUUAUCAUCUCAAAUUUGUUGUUUCAACGGGAUCUUCUAAAUCUGGUAUUCUAGGAGAGACUACAUUAAAUUUAGCAGAGUUUGGAUGUUAUAGGGAUUCAAACCAAAAGAUGUUCGAAAAUGGUAUGAUUUUGGAGCCUUGGCUUCAGUUCCUACUAUGUUACCAAUUUUUUUGA